CCCAUGAGUACAGCACAGACUUCAGCACAGCCCAGUUCAUGAACUCAUAACAGCUAUUUCCAUCUCAUUCUCUGCCUCCUAGACUGCGGACAACAGCCCAGACCCGUCAGAAUACCCAGAUGGAAGAUAUCUGACCCCAGAUUUUACCCCCAUAUAAACUCUGUGUGUGUGUGUCUGUGUGUGUGUUUGUAGAUACAGUAAGAUUCUUUGGUGCUAGGGUGUCCUCUGGUUCGUCUUAGGUGGAAUUCGAUGUAAAUCACUUGUGUGGCCGGUGUGCUUUUGGGUCUUUUGACGAUUCUUUGGGGGCCUGGAGGAACAUGGCUAUGAAAUCAGUGGCUGUGUUACUGUGCUGGCUUGCAGCAACCCUUUCACAACAACCUGGAGUAGACCCACAUACUGAUCCCGGAUUUCACGUAGGACCAGGACCCCACACUCACACUCACACAGAAACCACCAUAGUCACACGCACUUGGACCCACGAAGAUGAACAUCCUCCAUCCCCCUGCGAUAAAGUGAACGAGUGUCCCAUUGACCUCUACUUCGUGAUGGACUCCUCGGAGAGCAUCGCCUUGCAGCAGCCUCCUCCAGGGAGCCUGGUGAAGAAGGUGGCAGAUUGGACGAGGCAGUUUGCCCUGAGCCUCAGGGAGGAGGUGUACAACAGACAGGUGAAGUUCAGCUGGUUUCUGGGGGGACUCCACUUCUCUCAGACACAGGAAGUCAUCAGUGAGAUCAGCAGCAGAGAAAACUUUCUCAUGAAGAUGGAUUCUAUAGACUGGUUAAACUCUUACCUGGGUAAAGGUACCUACACUGACUGCGCCCUGGACAAGAUGACCGAGGAGAUUCAGCGCCGCGACCUCCGGGGACACAACUCUAUCCGUUUCGCUGUGGUGGUCACUGACGGACAUGUGACUGGCGCCCCCUGUGGGGGGAUCAAGGUGUCUGCAGAACGGGCUAGAGACCAGCACAUCAGCUUGUUCUCAGUAGCUGCUUCCAAUGUGGUGGAGGAAGCAGGGAUGAGGCUGAUCGCUAACUCACCAGCGGGGGUCUAUCGUUCCAACUACAUGGCUGUCAAUGUCACAGACCUUAAAACCUGUCACAGUCCACCGUGUGAUGCCCCCACUGGGAAAAUAGUCACAUCAUCCAUCAACCAAAUCAUCAACGCUAUGAAAUAUCAAGCUUAUCUGAAGUGUUCCAAACUCCAGUGCCUGGAGUUUCCAGGCCCACCAGGUCUGGAGGGAAACAGAGGACUAAAGGGAAUGAAAGGAGGAGUUGGACUUCGUGGUGCUAAAGGGACCAAGGGCAAACAGGGAGACUCUGGUAUUGAAGGUGUGAUCGGUCCCGCAGGUCACAAGGGUGCGAUUGGUCUGAAAGGUGAAAAGGGUGAAUUUGGAUCGGAUGGAACCAAGGGAGUGUCAGGAGGACAUGGCAGGAAUGGAACGGAUGGGCAGAAGGGUAAAAUUGGUCGAAUCGGAACUUAUGGUUGUAAAGGAGAUCCGGGAGAAAGGGGCCCAGAUGGUUAUCCAGGAAGUGCUGGGGAUAUAGGACAGCCUGGUGACAGCGGAGAGAAGGGAGACCCUGGUCAUAACGGAAAACCAGGUCCCACUGGACCUCCUGGAGAAGCUGGACCACCGAGUUAUCCAGGAAGUCCUGGGAUUCCAGGCUCACCAGGAAGGAAGGGAAUGCCAGGACCCAACGGUGAACCAGGACCAAAAAGCCAACCUGGGCGACCAGGAGACCCUGGACUUAAGGGACUUAACGGACCAGACGGACCUAAAGGAAGCAAGGGUGAAGCUGGUCUACAGGGGAAGCCAGGUCCGCAUGGGGUUGUCGGGCCCAAAGGAUCAAAGGGAGGUCCAGGGCUGCCCGGUCCAAGAGGACAUCAAGGAGAUGAUGGGCCAGAUGGACAGAUCGGAGCUGCUGGAGAGCCUGGUGAUCCUGGACAGACUGGACCCCAUGGAAAUCCUGGACCAAAGGGCGACAAAGGAAGAAAUGGGUUCAACUAUCCGGGACUAAGAGGAGAAACGGGAGCCAGAGGGGACAAUGGACGUCCAGGCCCUUUAGGAAGCAGAGGUAACUGUGGCAACAAAGGAGAAGCUGGGACGAAAGGACCAAACGGUGAACCGGGACAUCCAGGUCAACAGGGAGUGAAUGGGAGGAGAGGACCCAGAGGAGGCCGUGGGGCGCCUGGUAAUCCUGGACCAGAGGGAGACCCUGGCCUUUCUGACUGUGAUGUGAUGAGCUACAUCAGAGAGACAUGUGGUUGUUGUGACUGUGAGAAGAGAUGCGGGGCGCUGGACAUUGUGUUUGUGAUUGACAGCUCAGAGUCGGUGGGUCUGACCAACUUCACCCUGGAGAAAAACUUUGUCAUCACCACCAUCAACAGGCUGGGAUCCAUGGCAACACACCCGCAUUCAGAGACAGGAACCAGGGUUGGCGUUGUGCAGUACAGUCACAACGGGACCUUCGAGGCCAUCCGACUUAACGACUCCAACAUAGACUCCAUCGCUGCCUUCAAGGUGGCUGUGAAGAACCUCCAGUGGAUAGCCGGGGGAACCUGGACUCCCUCCGCUCUGAAGUUUGCCUACGACCACCUGAUCAGGGACAGCCGACGGACCAGAGCCAAGGUGUCGGUCGUCGUCAUCACGGACGGACGCUUCGACCCGCGGGAUGACGACUCUCUGCUGACCUACCUCUGCAACGACUCCAGCGUGGACGUGAACGCCAUCGGGGUCGGGGAUAUGUUCGACCGGGAGGGACAGCACGAGAGCCUCGAGUCCAUCGCAUGCCAGAGGCAUGAUCGCGUGACAGGGAUGACACGUUUCGCUGACCUGGUGGCGGAUAACUUUAUAGACAGGAUGGAGUCCGUGCUCUGCCCCGAGCCCAUUAUUGUUUGCCCUGACUUGCCCUGCGUAACAGAACCAGAGGUGGCACAGUGUAUUGACAGACCUGUAGAUCUGGUUUUCCUUCUGGACGGUUCUGAGCGUCUCGGUCAUGAGAACUUCGACCAAGUCCGUGACUUCGUCCAGCACUUGGCGAACCACCUGACGUUGGCGCGAAACAAGAACGACGGCCAUGGAGCCCGCAUGGCGCUGCUGCAGUACGGAGGAGAAAAUGAGCAUCACCUGGCCUUUCAUAUGACCCACGACCUUCCGUCCAUCCUAGAGGGUCUAGCCAGCAUGGACUAUCAUGACAUGUCUUCUUCUGUGGUGGGGGCGGCCAUCUCGCACACCGUAGACCACGUCCUGAUGCGGCUCAACGUCCGCCAGACCAGACCCCACGCCGAGCUCAACUUCGUCUUCAUGACUGACGGCGUCACCGGGACGAAGGGGCUGGAGGAGGCGGUCGACGCCAUGCGAAACAAGCAGGCAGUCUCCACGGUGAUCGCCAUGGGGACCGACGUGGAACAGGAAGUGUUGGAGAAGCUGGCCUUAAAGGACCAGUACGCCAUCUUUAAAGGAACAGACUUCUCUGAGCUCAACAAGCACAGCUUCCUAGAUCGGCUCCUUCAGUGGGUCUGUUAGAGGGGAAAUUUUGAUUUGGAAUGUCAUGUUUAUGGAUUUCACUGUUUUAAAAGGAUUGAGGUCAAGUUAAUGUUGAUAAUUAAUGGAUUAGGGUUAGUUUGAGGGUUAGGGUGUAAAGGUUGUUUAUGGGUUAGUGUAAGGGUGUAUAUUGCCCUCAUUGAGAUCAUCCAUGUCUGCAUUUGGUUUACCAUCAAGUGAAACCUCAAGCAUAAGCAAUAGUCAAUACAAGGAUCAGUCACAGGGCUGUUUGUUUAUGUUUCAAUCGAUUUUUUUCAGAAUAUUGUAAUAAUUACGUACAAACUGGAUAUGUUUUAUAAGAAUUCAUUAAAGAAAUGUAAGUACUGUUUAGCAAACA